AUUAACCCAACAUCACUUUUUUAGAAAGUGAAACGAAUUGCAGGCCUCUCAUUGGUCCUGCCUGGCUGUCAGUCAUCCUUUGUGGGCAGGGCCUUAAAAAGUGCUGAAAAAGGCAAAGGGAUUUUUUGCUGCAUGGUGCCCCACGGAUUUUUGGCCCGUUCACACUUACUAUGGGGUGGCUCUGCGUCGCCUUGGCAACGUGCAUGCUGGUGUCUCGUGUCAAAGGCAACGACUGGUGGUGGAAAUAUGAAGAAGGAAUACGACAGUACAGCAAGGAGGCCCUAAACAAGGAGUUUCCUGAGAAAACUCGUCCAAUUGGCUUCAAACAUCCAACCUUCCAGUGUCCAGAUAUGAGCCCUUCGGCUACAGCCCCCUCCUCAGUGGAGCUGGUGAAGGCGGCCGACAUCAAAGUCAUCGCCGCCCUGGGAGAUUCUCUAACAACAGCCAUCGGCGCCAACGCCACCACCGUCCUCGGGAUCCCCAUCGAGUUUCGCCACGUUUCCUGGAGCAUUGGAGGUUACGGCUCGUUUGAGGAUGUCAUCACUUUGCCCAACAUCAUCAAGCUCUUCAAUCCCAGCCUGCUGGGCGCUGCUCGGGGGAAGACGGUCCACGGCAUGGAGGCCCACAUCAGCCAGACGGGCCUCAAUUUGGCUGUGACAGGACACAACACUUUCAAUCUCCCCAGCCAGACGAGGCAUUUGAUUGACACGCUCAGAGGUUACGAGGGGUUGAACUUCGAGAAGGACUGGAAGCUUCUGACCAUCCUUAUGGGCAUGAACGACAUCUGUGACUAUUGCAAAGACAAAGCUCUCUUCUCAGCAGAGAACUUCCUUCACUACAUGAGCGUGUCAUUGGAGAUGCUUAUGAAUGAGGUCACCGAAGAUGAAAACUUAAUAAUUGAACUGUUUUUUUUCAUUUGCAUUAAAAGUGUUGUCUUUGUGCUCCUUGAGGUUCCUCGAAUGAUUGUGAACGUAGUGCAGAUUCUUCCCAUGCAGACUCUCAGAGAGGUGCACAAGCCCACACCAGGCUGUCUGCUGCAAAGAUCUUUCUGCUCUUGUCUCAUCGAGCCAGCGAGUCGUUCUGCUGAGCUUGGGGAGCUAGUGGAGGUCAAUCUGGAGUUCCAGAGGCGAUUGGAGGCGUUGCUUCAUGGUAACCACUUCUUCAGGGAGGACUUUGCUGUGGUCCUGCAGCCCUUCUUGAAACACGCCGACCCUCCUCGCCUCCCGAGCGGCAAGAUCGACAUGAGCUUCUUCACACACGACUGCUUUCACUUCACCAUUAAAGGCCAUGAAGAACUGGCCAAAGGACUGUGGAACAACAUGGUCAGACAUUUUCAGGCUGAGGGAGACAAGACGGUUGUUAGCAGUUUUUCUGACCCCAUCAACCUCGUCUGUCCACCCAUGGAACAUCCGUACAUCUUCACCCGAUCGACCUCGGCCAGGUCAGCCCAGCCCAGACUUCACCGCAGGCGUCAGGUUCCUUCGCUGGUGGUCAUCUCCUCGCUGCUCUGGCUUCUUGUGGCGUUUAGGCAUCAUGGUUUUUUGUAACUUUGCACAGCAAGUGAUUAUGACACACAGGUAGUCAUUCUAGCCGUCUGGACGAGAAAGUUUUUUACACUCAUGUCGAACCUCGUCACGAAGUGUCCAUAAUGAAAUCCACAAAACGAGAAGCAACAGUCAACAUAACAUCAACAAUAACUUUUAUAUUGUGUUCAUCUCGUAAAAUCCACCUUGAGGAAAGCAUUCUAUUAUAUUUAUAAAACUCUAUUUUGACUGUUUUCUUUUUAAAACCAAAACAUUCUUUAAAGCAACGGUACGUUCCAAACUUUAGGGACCGCUCAUGAUUUCCAGGCUACUCAGAAAAAAAAGAUUAAAACAUUACUGCUAGAUUUAAUGACUGAAAGUUAAAAAAUAUAUAUAUUUUUUAGACUAAAAUAUGAUCACAUUGCACUUCAAAGUUUGUGGUUUCAUUCCAUCACAGAUGUUUUUUGGUUUGUUUGUUUUUCUUUAAGCAUAUUCUACAUAUUUUAGCCUAAAUUAAGCAUUUUAAACAUAAGAAUGUUUAAAUGUACUAAAAAUGUCAAUACUACAGUAGUAUUGACCACUAUGUGAGACCAAACCAAUUCGAGUGUGCUGUUCAGUAUCGUGACCACUAAUUGGCUAAGCCACUAACAGCAGUACUAUAUCGUAUUAACAGAGUGUAAAGGUGACUGUGUGGGUUUUAUUUCAUGUCGAGAGAGCUCUCAUAAUGUUAAAAAAGUAUAUUUAGAAAGUUGUAAACAGGUUUUUUAUGAUCAAGCUAUGAAAAUAAUAGAUUUUGGACAUGUUGUAAUGACAAACUGUAAAUAUGCGAUCUACCACAUUGUAACUGUAUGCUUGUUUUAAAUAAACUAAUACCAUAGCAAUAAAUACUAGUUCUGCUGAAAUUAAUUUACCACUGUCAAACCUGGAACCUUUUAACAGUGAUAAACAAAAAAAUUAAUAUAAUAUAGUAAUGAUAAAUAAUCAAAGUUAAAAAUAAUAAUACUGUAUUAUUUUUAACUAUUUUAAGUUUUUUAAUGAGAUCAAUUUUCCAAUCACUUGAAAAAAAUGAUUCAGUAUAAUACGUGACACAGUAUAUGCGAUACAACAAAAAAACAAAAAGUAUAUAUUCAUAUAAUACAAAAAAACCUAUUCAUUAUUUACGUGAUUUAAUUUUAUAUUUAUAAGAGUUGACAUUUAAAUGAAACAAAUGUGCUGUAGGUUGGUUUUGUCGUCCAAGCCCGUCUUGUCCUCUCAUGUGCUACUUCCUUACUUUUGUCUUACUUUUCACUUAUUUUUCUUUCCACUUCAACUUAGUUCAAGUGAAAGUGAAUUAUUGAUGAGGUGAAGUUUGCCUUCAGCUUUUUUCAUGCUACAUUCCCCCAUGCGCUCUUCACAACAUUCCCACCAUAUACCUGUAAUGUAACAACUUGAUGAGAAUCCAGGCAAUAUAUGCUUAAUUCAUAGCAACGCUUCACUGUGUGCACUUCAAAUGGUGAUGAUGAUGAUGCAGAGGUGCUUUAUAUGCACACAUGCAUCCUCUGUCACAUCAUUGCUUUAAAUAUGUGCCUGUGCGAUGCAGACUCUCCCUGAAACCUGUCACCAGGGACGAAUGAGUCAGUCACACACACACACACACACACACACACACACACACACACACACACACACACACACACACACACACACACACACACACACACACACACACACACACACACACACACGUGCGUCUAUUGCUGGCCCACUUAUUCCGAGAUGCUUGUGUGUUUCCUCUGCAUUCCAAAAAAUACACUUGACACUUUUUAAGCAAUCAAGACAUCAGCAAUAAGAGUCAAUAUUGUACUGCACUGUUGUAGACCACCACCAUGCAACCCCGCCUUACAUCUGGAUCACGGAGGCAUUAUUUUGUCAUGCAGACACACACAAAUUUAAAUAUUAAGAGCCCGAAAACACCCUCAGAAACACAACCAGCAAUCGGGAGCUGUUUUUGAAGAUUUUGUCCCCUUUCAUAACCAAAAUAUUAGAAAGGGUUCUUGGUUUAUUGUUGAAUGACUGCAUCAAUCAAAAGCCUUUGUGUUGGAUGUCAUUCCAUGGCGCACCUGUGUGUACAUAUAUAUACAUAACCCCUAUGCAAUCUGUUAUUGUAUGCUCGUUGUCAGGUUUCUUGUGUUUGCUUAGGAAUACAGGACUGUCCAUAUUAGCAAGUUAACUCAUGGGAUUAAUCACAAAAAAUAUUGUAUUAAUCAGGAACACACUUGGAUUAAUCAUGCAAUUUAUUUUGACCGUACAAGCUCUUUCACCUUAGCCGUUAAAUGAUCGGUGAUCGGAUCGAUAUAUAUAUAUAUUUUUAGAAAAAUGAGUGAGAAGACUCUGACUGGUGUGCUUGCUGGUAAAUGUCACUCCAAAAUACAGCCCGAAAGAACUUUGGAUAAAACUGUUACGAAGUUUUGUGCAAAUAAAUAAAAGGCGUCCAAGCAAAAUGCUUAAAAAUGUUCC